AUGCAAAAAAUUACUUUCGAUCCCAAUUUUUCAAUUUUUGAUAAAAAGUUCGUUCCCGUUAUCCCAAAUGAAAGUUCACGCUCUAUUGAUAUGGGACCAUUAGAAGGUGAUCAAUUCUGGCCUAAACAACAUAAAUCGUCCAAUAAGUUGAAAAAAAUCAUCUCCAAGACAUUUAAAUCUAUUAAACGUAAAGUAUUCCGCAAACAAAAAGAUAUCGCUAUGAUUGAAGAAACCAUGGUUUCUGAAACUACAUCGUUUUCAACCGAUGAAGAUAUAAUUGAAAUUGAUGAAAUUGAUGAAAUUAUUGAUAUUUAUUCAUCAUUUCCGGAAUCGUUUCCGAAUAAAGAUGAAUCUAACUCGUCUAAUAUCAUCGAAUAUGAUACAUCUACUUUAGUCGAAAAUUAUACCAUUGAUCAUAUCGAAAAUGAUUCUACCAAAUGCAAUCAAAUAGAAACAAAGUUAAUCCUUUGUACUCCUUAUGAAGGCGCAAAAAGAACUCCUAUUAAUAUCCAAGUGCCGCGCAAAAUUUCUUAUUGUGAGUUAAGAACGUCAACCGAACAAAGAAUUGUUAAUCCUUUGAGCGAACAUCCCGUUUCUGUUCGAAUCGAUAAUUUUUAUGGAGGUUCUAUCAACAAACGUGAUGAAAGGAUAUAUGAUAUUGAUUAUUUAAAUUAUUUGAUUAGCAUAUUUAAUUGA